AAUAUUUAUCACUAGACUGUCGGCGGAGCAGAAUAACGAGCCACUUGCUGCCACCGAAAGAAUUGGAUCUGUCUCCAACCUGCUGAAGCUGUCCGUACACUGCUCACAUGGAGUUUCAGUGCUCCCAUUUUUUAAAAGCACUCUCAAAGCUUCGAUCCUUUUUGGAAUUCAUCCGGGAGUCCUCUUCAUUAAAGACUGAAUCUUUGAGACAGUUACUCAUUGAAAACUUGCCAACUUUUUGUCUUAAGUCAAGGGGAAGGAGGAAAUGGACAUUGAGGAGAAACUCCUAGGGCUCCGAAUCUCCCCCUUCCCUGAUAAAUUUCUAGACCGCAUUCUGUCUUUUGUCGAUUCGCGUAAAGAUCGCAGUGCGGUUUCUUUGGUCUCCAAGGAUUGGUACGAUGCAGAAAGAGGGAGCCGAACCCAUGUCUUUAUUGGCAACUGUUAUUCCGUGUCUCCGGAGAUUGUUGCCCGUAGGUUUCCGAAUAUUCGGAGUUUCACCAUUAAAGGGAAACCUCGGUUCUCAGACUUCAAUCUUGUUCCUCCAAAUUGGGGAGCUGAUAUCCACUCCUGGCUUGAAGUUUUUGCUUCAGCUUAUCCGUUUCUUGAGGAACUGCGGCUUAAGAGGAUGCGUGUUACUGAUGAGAGCCUUGAUUUCUUGGCUCGGUCAUUUCCAGGGUUCAAAGCACUGUCACUUGUUAGCUGUGAUGGCUUCAGCACCAAUGGUCUUGCCUCCAUCGUGGGCGGUUGCAGGAACUUGACUGAGCUAGAUAUACAGGAAUGCAUGAUUGAUGAUCUUGAUGGUAGCUGGUUAAGUUCUUUUCCUGAAAGUGUCACGUCCCUGGAAGUGCUUAAUUUUGCUCAUCUGACUUCUGAAGUGGAUUUUGAUGACUUGGAGAGGCUUGUGGAAAGAUGCAAAUCACUAAAAGUCUUAAAAGUGAAUAAGAAUGUCACACAGAAGCAACUUUGGAGACUGCUGAUGAGAGCUCCACAGCUUAUAGAACUGGGAACUGGUUCAUUCUCACAAGAUCAUGCUCUUCCAGCGGAUGCUCAGCUGGAAACUGUAUUUAGUAAUUGCAAAAAUUUGAAUACUCUUUCGGGUUUUUGGGCAGUUUCCUCUCUUUAUCUUCCAUUAUUGUACCCGGCCUGUGCAAAUCUGUCAUUCUUGAAUUUGAGUUAUGCACCUCUGCAAAGCACACAACUUGCAAAGAUCCUGCCACAUUGUCCUUUGCUUCGAAGGCUUUGGGUUCUAGACACUGUAGAGGACGAAGGACUAGAAGCUGCGGGGUCCAGUUGUCAUCUUCUUGAAGAACUCCGGGUAUUUCCAGCAGACCCAUUCGAUCAGGAUGACCUUUUGGAUGGUAGUGGCAAUGGUGUUACUGAAUCUGGUUUUGUUGCAGUUUCAGAGGGAUGUCCAAAACUUCACUAUGUUCUAUACUUCUGCCGUCGGAUGACUAAUGCUGCUGUAGCUACUGUAGUUCGUAACUGUCCCAACUUUACCCACUUCCGCCUUUGUAUAAUGACCACAUGCGUACCUGAUUACCUCACCAAUGAGCCAAUGGAUGAAGCAUUUGGUGCAGUUGUGAAGACCUGUACUAAACUUCAAAGACUUUCUGUUUCUGGUCUUCUCACAGAUCUAGCCUUUGAGUACAUUGGCAUAUAUGCUAAAAACCUUGAGGCCUUAUCAGUUGCUUUUGCUGGAAGCAGUGACAAGGGAAUGCAGUUUGUGUUGAAGGGAUGCCCGAAGUUGAGAAAGCUGGAAAUAAGAGACUGUCCAUUUGGAAAUGCAGCAUUGCUUUCAGGGAUUGAGAGGUAUGAGUCCAUGAGGUCUCUUUGGAUGUCAGCUUGCAAUGUGACAAUGAAUGGCUGUCGAUUACUUGCAAGGGAGAUGCCUAGGUUGAAUGUGGAGGUUAUCAAGGAGAAUGAGAGCAAUGAAACUGAGGAAGCUGAGAAAGUUUAUGUGUAUCGUUCUGUUGCCGGGCCAAGGAGGGAUGCUCCUCCUUUUGUCAUCACCCUCUAAUGGUUCAAUACCUCUCAGGCUCUCGGUUUGUCAGUAGGUUUUUCUCAAUAAUGAAAACAAAUCAGAGCCAGAGGGAGGACUAUAAUUCGUGAAUGUGAAACAUGAAUUAUAUUUUCCUCAUUACAUUACAAUUUGCACAUUAAAAAACAAUAAGCAGAAGAAAUCAUGCCUUAACUGACUCGAUUGUUAUUAACCGGUCAGCGUCUGCCUCAGGCAUUGCUGCUCCUCUAAAUAGCAAGAUCACAAGGCUUCCCUAUGCUAAAUUAGAUGAAGCAGCCCAUAUGAUGUGUCACAAAUGAGCCAAAAUCAGUCCCAACAAUGCACUGCCACCCUUGACCAUAUAACUUAUCAAACUCCUGCACCACUCCAAUCAUAAGCAACAUAAAAGAAACAGAAUACAUUGCAUGUCACCAUUGCAUGGAAGCAUACCUUCUUGAUGAAGCGGGCAAUUUCAGUGGGGUCUGUGAUGUUGAAGUAGAAUUAUCUUGGCCAUAUAACUUAUCAAACUCCUGCACCACUCCAGCAUCUUACGUCUUCUUUGU